AAUUUAAUGCACUUAAAGAUAGGUUAAUCGUGUUUAAUCGUACAUAACAAAAUCCGUAACAAAAUAGCCUCAAGUUAAGUACAUGCAUUUAAAUAUGUGUAUUAUCGGAAAGACAGUACGAUCUAUAAAUAGACGACCACAAGCAAUUAUUUGUAAUAAUAUAUCAUUCAUAAUACAUGUAAACACACAUUAUUGCAUGACUGUACUUCCAGUUUUGUGCAUUUUGUAUAGGAUCUCAAAAUAAAUACAAAGGUAGUUUGUUAACUGCAUGGAGGAGAAAUUUAAGGAUGGCGAACAGUUGAUUCGAUUCUGCUAGUCACCAGGUACUAUUUCAUGGCAAAAGAGCAGUCGUCGUCGUCAAGCCGGCGGCAUCUUCAUAAGAAAAUAAACGAAAUGGUGCAUAACAUUGAGGCGGUAAUGGUUAACAUUAACAGUGUUAUAGGCGAGGUAAAUGUCCUAGUAAAGGAGAUAGACCAUAUAACAGAGAGACUGGAAACUCAUUAUGAAAAUAAAAUAAAGAAACAAGAAAUUUUAUUAGAUGCAAACCGGAAUCACUGCGAAGUGCUGAAUACACCCGGUGUAUCUAAUCCGUCAAAAUUAAACACCCCGUCACCAUACAUGGACUAUACAUAUCUUGAUCUUGCAAACGACUGUGAUACUUGCCAUGAAAAUGUGCAUAGUUUUACUUUUAAUGAAAAAUAUCCUUUAUGGAUACAACAUAACUCGUGGAAAGCCGAACAUUCUAUGUCGGAAAUAUCCGAAGUUUCCUCCGGAAGUGACUCAAACAAUCUGGCUUCCGGUGACAGUGACGAUAAAUCUUGGCAAAGCGUUUCUAAUAUAGGAAGGAGGAAUGAAUGUGUUCACAAAUAUCAACAUUUAGAUAAAUCAGCCGGUAAAUUCCUACAAGAGGAUGUAGUCAAGUUUUCAAAAUGUUGCCGUAAUUCACAUAACGAUCUCAGUGAAAAGUAUUGUGGGGUGUACGAACAAAUAAUGGAACAGCAGUUGGAAGAUCUGGAAGCAGCGUCUUUCGAUUUCAUAGAAACUAACCAGUUUAGUGACACGAUUUCUUCCGGAUGUACAAGUGAGGAUUUUUCUCACGAGUUUUUACAAAAUUCCGGUUAUUUUGAUACUUAUAAGACGAACUCUCUCGAGCAGAGCAAACCUGCUUGUGUCACAGUGCGAGAGUUUAGUGAUUCCAACUCUAGCAUGUCUGAGUAACAAGGGGACACGGUCGGAAAUUUCUAAUUUCUUAUAUACGAGUACUUAAAAUGUAGACGUUUAGAUGUACAUAUUUUGUACAUAAGUGAGGAUGUGAAAACAGGUCAUAUGUCAAUAAGCUGAAUAACUCUGCAAAACCACCGUUACGAAACGGCAUGAAUUACCAUCAUGCAUAAAUAAAUUUACCACUAACCGUUUUAUAUCAGAAACGACAAUUUAUGUAAAAUUCUAUUUAUACCAAAUAUCAGUAUUGUCGACCUGCUGUAAUAUUUUAGUGCUUAAGUAAAAAAGGCUGUAAAGUU